UCACAUACACACUGGCAGUAUUUUAAGGCUGGGACUGAGUUUCCUUCCUGUCGGCUGGAGUCAGGAGACUCGUCGCUUCGCUGCAGUUUCAACACAGCAGUAAAAAAGUACAUAUAAUAUGGGGACCCGGGAUGACGAAUAUGAUUAUUUAUUUAAAGUGGUGCUGAUCGGAGAUUCAGGUGUGGGGAAGAGUAACCUGCUAUCCCGUUUCACACGGAAUGAGUUCAACCUGGAAAGCAAGAGCACCAUCGGCGUGGAGUUCGCCACUCGUAGCAUCCAAGUGGACGGAAAGACCAUAAAAGCUCAGAUUUGGGACACGGCAGGACAGGAGCGCUACAGAGCAAUCACAUCAGCGUACUACCGGGGUGCAGUGGGAGCUCUUUUGGUGUAUGACAUCGCUAAGCACCUGACCUAUGAAAACGUGGAGCGCUGGUUAAAGGAGCUGCGAGAUCAUGCAGACAACAACAUCGUCAUCAUGUUAGUGGGCAACAAGAGUGACCUGAGGCACCUCAGAGCAGUGCCCACAGACGAGGCCAGAGCUUUCGCAGAGAAGAACAAUCUGUCUUUCAUUGAGACCUCAGCUUUGGACUCCACAAAUGUUGAAGAGGCUUUCAAAAACAUACUCACAGAAAUCUACCGGAUUGUAUCGCAAAAGCAGAUUGCAGACAGGUCUGCACAUGAUGAGUCUCCUGGCAACAACGUGGUGGACAUCAGUGUGCCGCCUACUACCGAUGGGCUAAAAGGCACCAAAUUCCAGUGCUGCCAGAACCUGUGACCCCACCCCUCCCCUUUUCAUGCUGCCUCUUCUUCUGUUCCUCUCACACUCUUCAUCGCCGCUUUGCUCCUGUGUAUUGUGCAACUGCUGCUGCUCUAGCGCCAGUCCUUUUACCUCCAUGUGGUAUCCAUGUCUAUUCUAGAAUUUUCCCCAGUCCUGUGAAGUUCUAGAUAACAUUCCUAGAUAAUUGUUUUUUCCUUUUUAUCUGCUCUUCUGUUUGUUUUGUUAUUUUUUUUCCCUCUCUUCUCUGUCUGAAUUCAUGUCUACUCGUUGGAGUAAAAGUGUAGAAUUUGUAUUCAGAAGUAAUUGUUUGGGCACUGAUCGUGUGACCCGCUCCUAAGGAAAGGGAUGGUGAGGGAUCAGUGUGUCCUGAGCUUCCAGCCGCUCUAAGGAGUCUCCUCUCCUACACUAAGCAUGGCGUUUAUUCAGCCAGGUCCCAGAAAGGGAUCUAUGCUAGUUUAACUUUGGCUGAGAUGGGCAUGUUCUGCAGAAAAAGCUGGUUAAGAAACUUGUCUGGAUCGUAUAGAUACCAAAGGGAGACUGCAAUCAAUUUUCAGUUGUAUAAAUGAGUAAAUAAACAUUUCAGACUGCACAGUCAACGCAUUUUAACAUUUCCUACAUUAUUUAGAGCAGAACUGGGGGAAGCUUCUGAGUGAACUCAUAUUAUGAUUGUUCAUUGAAUUUGGAGCACCAGUUAUAGCAAGUUAUCAGAUGUGCGAUAGGUUGAUCAAUUUGUAGAAUACAAAAAAUGACUCCAGUGACACUCAUCACAACCCAGUCUGUGCACUUUUAUGUUAGAGUAUAGCUGUUAACAGGAAGAAUGCAAUGGGAUUUCAGUGUUUAAGCCAGUCAGCUGUCUGUCAAAUUGUCUGCAAAAAACAAAAGUAUCACUGUUAUUGGAUUCUUGUUAGAAUUUCAGUGAUAACAUUUGUGUGGUUAGUUUGAAAAUGCCUUAUGUUUUCCCAUACUGUGAUAAAAUUGCCUUUAUUGAAGCGUGGUUAUGACAUUCACACAUCCAUGAAGUCACAUCAGUUGUUUUGCCUUUUAUCAAGUUACAUUGGGAUGAAAAAUAAACCAAAUUACUAUCAUGA